CAAAUCUUUACAGCCAUGGCAGCAGCAGCAGCAGGAGGAGGACAAAAUUAAAGGAGGGCAGCUUCCUUCCUUCCUUCUACAAGAUCUUGAGAUGCGUGAAGUCGGCAGGCGCCGCAUUACCACCUCCAAUUCCUCCUCUUCCCAAACCACAUUCGACUUCGACUUCGCCAUCAGCAACCAAUCUGCUCCCUUUUGAAGUUUCGAUCCGAUCCAUUCCCAAUCCCAUCCCAUCCCAUCGAUCGAUCGAUCUCAUGCGGCAGCUUUACCAAUCGAUGCGCUUGAGAUAGCCGCCCGAUUCAUCGAUCGAUCUGCCGAGAUAUAUAUGGGGAUUGACAAGUCAGCCGCCGGAUCGUCGUCGUCGCCGCCGCGGCCGGUUGCCGCCGCCACGGCGGCCGUGUGCUGCAUGUGCGGCGACCGUGGCCUCCUGCCGGAGCUGUUCCGCUGCGCCGCCUGCGCCGUCCGCUCCCAGCACACAUACUGCUCGGAGCGAUACCCCAAGGCAGAGUCGUACGGCACGUGCAACUGGUGCCUGAGGGCGGAUCAAGGAAGCGACGGCGGCGGCGGCGGCGCCGCCGCCGCCUCGAGCUCGAUGGCGAGGCCGCCCACCGGCGCCAGAGCAGCGGCCGGCGGCGAUCCAGCUGCCAGCAGCAGAUCGACGGCGGCGGCGAAGGUCGUCGCCGCCCGCGGGCACUUCGCUGCCGACCUGAGCAAGCCCAUCAAGAAGCCACCGCCGGCGCCGGCGCCGCUGCCGCCGCCGUCGCCGGCACAGCGGCGUAUCCUGCUGCGGCGGUCGGCGUCGGACCUGGGCGGCCGCGUCCGCCGCGCCGACCACGACGCGCCGCCGCCGCUGUCGCCCGGCGUCGCGAGGGGCAGGCCGAGGGUUCGGAGGUACAAGCUCUUGGAAGAGGUGAUCACUACUAGCUAGCCGUAUAUAUAUAGAGAGAGAGGAACAGCCAUGCAUAUAUAGAUGCAUGCACGGUAUUAUGUGUAGACAGCUAGUAGCAUAUUGCAGCAAGAGCUACCUGCACUGUGUUUAAGCUGUUAAUAUGCCCCUUAAUUACUGUACAGGAGAACAUCUUCAGUUCUUCACUUGAUCAUGGGUUAAUCAAAGUAAGAGAGUUCAGACUUUCAGAGAGAUGAGUACGUAGUAUAUGUGUGUGUAUGUGCAUCUCUUUGAUUAUUUCAGUGUGUGCGCGCGCAAGAAUAUAUAUAUGCGUGAGAACAAAGUUUUUUUUUCCCUUAAAUAUAAUGAACACUUGCGCUGUC